GUCGGUUACAGAGGAUGAGCCGCUGCGCAACGCUCUGACAGCACUAGCCUGAAAAGGCGAAUGUUACAGUGAAUUUUAUCAAAUACUCUCCCGGAUUCUUCUUCAAGUAGUCUGCCAUAAAUUACCUACGAGAAUGUGGAGAAUUUUAUUCUAGAGACGAAGACUAUGGACGGACAGCAAUCAGCGAUUUCAGAUCAGGGAUAGUAAAACAGAUAAGGAAAAGGUGCCCUCUGUUUGCUUUGAGUCUGAUUAUCGGUUUGUCUGGUCUCCAGCUCUUCUGUGUCUGGUUGUCUGGUUCAGGCAAGCAGUGAUCUUCCACAGCAGCCAUCUCCAGGGAUUGUAGCUCGUGGUCUGAGGAGGAGUCAUGGGGCCGGUUCGGGCCUACCCAUUAGCCCUGCCUGUGCUGGCUGUUCUGGGCCUCAUUAUCAGCGCAUGGAGCCUCAACCCGGAUGACCCCAAUGUCUGCAGUCACUGGGAGAGCUAUGCAGUGACUGUUCAGGAGUCCUAUGCUCAUCCCUUUGACCAGAUCUACUACACCAGGUGCACCGACAUCCUCAAUUGGUUUAAAUGCACCAGACACAGGACCAGCUACAAGACAGCUUAUCGGCGUGGGGUGAGGACCAUGUACCGUCGACGUUCUCAAUGCUGCCCUGGCUACUUCGAGAGCGGAGACUUGUGUGUCCCACAAUGUACCGAGGAGUGUGCCCAUGGCCGGUGUGUGUCUCCUGAUACAUGUCAGUGUGAGCCAGGCUGGGGAGGACUGGACUGCUCUAGUGGUUGUGAAAGUGGCCACUGGGGACCCCACUGCAGCAACCGCUGUCAGUGCAAGAAUGGGGCCCUGUGUAACCCUAUCACAGGAGCCUGUGUCUGCACAGACGGCUACCAAGGAUGGCGCUGUGAAGAUCAAUGUGAGCCAGGCUACUAUGGCAAGGGCUGCCAGCUGCAAUGUCAGUGCCUCAACGGGGCCACCUGCCACCACGAGACGGGGGGAUGCAUAUGUGCACCAGGAUACAUGGGCCCCAUCUGUGGAGAGCGAUGUCCCUCUGGAAGUCAUGGGCCACAGUGUGAGCAGCGCUGCCCCUGUCAGAACGGAGGAACCUGCCAUCACAUCACUGGAGAAUGCUCAUGCCCUGCUGGAUGGACGGGGUCUGUGUGUGCCCAGCCAUGCCCAUUCGGCAAAUAUGGGAUCAAUUGCAGCAAGGAAUGCUCGUGCCGCAAUGGAGGACUGUGUGACCACAUUACAGGACAGUGUCAGUGUAUUGCAGGAUACAGUGGCCACAGGUGCCAGGAAGAGUGUCCGGUCGGUACAUACGGACCACAUUGUGCCCUUCACUGUGACUGUCAGAACGGGGCCAAGUGUUACCACAUCAACGGAGCGUGUUUGUGUGAUACAGGAUUCAAAGGGCCUCACUGCCAGGACAGGUUCUGUCCACCAGGCCUCUACGGCCUCAUCUGUGACAAAUACUGCCCAUGUAACGCCACCAACACAUUUAGCUGCCACCCGCUGACAGGCGAAUGCUUGUGUACAGCAGGAUGGACGGGUCUAUACUGCAAUGAGACCUGUCCCCCUGGUUACUAUGGAGAAGGAUGUAGUGUGCCGUGCCAGUGUACUAAUGGAGCAGACUGCCACAGUCUCACUGGGGCCUGUAUCUGUGCCCCAGGCUACACUAGUGACGACUGUUCCCAAACCUGCAAACCUGGACUAUACGGUACUAACUGCACUUCCACCUGCCACUGCCACAACCAGGCAUCCUGCUCACCAAUCGAUGGCUCCUGCAUCUGUAAAGAAGGUUGGCAGGGAGUAGACUGCUCAAUCCUGUGCUCCAGUGGGACUUGGGGAUUGAGCUGUAACCAGACUUGUUUAUGUGCCAAUAGUGCGGCUUGUGACCCAAUCGACGGCUCUUGUACCUGUACCUCAGGCUGGAGAGGGGAACGCUGCCAGCAGCCCUGCCUCGAUGGCACAUAUGGGCUGGAGUGUCAUGAGCGUUGUGACUGUAACCAUGCUGAUGGAUGCGACCCUGUGAGUGGAUUCUGUCGCUGUUUGCCAGGAUGGACAGGCAUUCACUGUGACAGUAUCUGCCCUCAAGGCUUCUGGGGGCCUAACUGCUCCAUGACCUGCUCAUGCAUGAACGGAGGCUCCUGCUCUCCUGAAGACGGGACCUGCGUGUGCGCUCCCGGCUACCGCGGGACUUCCUGCAAGAGAAUUUGCCCUCCUGGUUUCUAUGGGCACCGCUGCAGCCAGUCAUGCCCACGGUGUGUGCACAGCACAGGGCCGUGCCACCAUGUCACGGGUCACUGCGAGUGCCUGGCCGGCUUCUUCGGCUCACUUUGCAACCAAGUGUGUCCCAGUGGCAAAUAUGGGAAAGCCUGUGCUGAGAUCUGCGUGUGCACUAACAAUGGCACCUGCAACCCCAUUGAUGGCUCUUGCCAAUGUUUCCCAGGUUGGACAGGAGACGACUGUUCGCAGAUUUGUCCCAUAGGCCAGUGGGGACCUGACUGCUUGAACUCAUGUAACUGUCACAAUGGAGCCCAAUGUAGUGCCUACGACGGAGAGUGCAGGUGCAGCCUGGGCUGGACCGGCCUCUACUGCACACAGCGCUGUCCCUCAGGGUUUUAUGGGCGAGACUGUGCAGAGGUGUGCCACUGUCAAAAUGGAGCUGACUGUGAUCAUAUCACUGGCCAGUGUGCCUGUCGGACUGGCUUUAUUGGGACCAACUGUGAACAGAAGUGUCCUCCUGGGACAUUUGGCUAUGGCUGUCAGCAGCUGUGUGAAUGUAUGAACAAUGCCACCUGCGACUACGUGACCGGAACGUGCUACUGCAGCCCAGGAUACAAAGGAAUCCGCUGUGACCAGGCGGCUCUAGUGAUGGAGGAGCUGAACCCCUACACUAAGAUCAGUCCUUCUCUGGGUUCAGAGCGCCAGUCCGCAGGUGCUGUCAUGGGCAUCAUCUUCCUGCUACUGAUCAUCAUGGCCAUGCUCAGCUUGUUUAUUUGGUUCAGGCAGAGACAGAGAGACAAAGGCCAGGAAAUGCCCAGUGUCUCAUACACCCCAGCCCUGCGUGUCAACAACACUGACUACUCCCUCUCUGAAACAUCUCAGAGCAGCAGCGGUGGCCAGUGCUUCUCCAAUCCCAGCUACCACACUGUGGCACAGUGCAACAUCUCAUCCUCCACCACAGACAACCUGAAUGGCACUAUCGCUCUUAAGAAAGGAGACAGGAACAGUUCAGAAUGGAGAGCAUACUGCAAUCUCAAUGACCUGGGAGUAUCAAGAGGAGGUACACUUACACUGAGGGACAACAAAACCACUCGAAUGGCCAAAGAUUACAUAAAGGCCACCAUGUGUAGCUCCAGCUCGUGCUCCCUAAAUAGUGAGAACCCGUACGCCACCAUCCGAGAUCCGCCCAGCCUGGCCUGCAAGCACACUGAGAGCAGCUAUGUGGAGAUGAAGUCACCUGCUCACAGAGACCUGAGCUUCUGCUCCAGCACUAGCACAACCCUGACCACUGCCAGCAGGAACGUCUAUGACGUGGAACCGACAGUGAGUGUUCUUCAGGGACCCAACGGCCUAGCAACCGGAUUCUCCCAGAGUCCUUAUGACCUCCCGCGGAACAGCCACAUUCCCAGCCACUACGACAUCCUGCCAAUGCGCCACAGCCCAACACACACCCCACCCCCUCCCGAAAGCCCCCCGAGCUCCCUGCUGUAGAGCCCAGUCCGGAUACACAGACGCAAGACCGGGCGGCUCCGGGACCUCGUUUUUUAAAAUCUCAGUCUGUCUCACUCCUCAUCUCUCUUUCUCUCCAACACUCAUUCAAGUACAGAUGCAUGACACUGGAGGAGAUCGUAUUCCUCUUUGUGUCGAGUAAAUGAGGAUUGUGGGAAAUGGAAACACACUCAACGAUAUGUUGAUUCUUAAAAACUAGAGCUCCACACACUGGAACACAUAAUCAAUGCGACUCGAUGAUCCAGAACUUUUCAUUUGGAGUCGGCAUCAUUUCAUUCGGAUCUUGCAGCCGAGAGCCAAGGGGGACCAUGAGGGAGAAAUCCUCUUUUUUUUCACCCUUCCCCAAUAAUAAGACUUGUUAAUGUGUAAAGAUGGUUACCAUGAUAGUAUGAGAUGAGUGAGAACCGAUCAGAACUUUAUAAUACUGUACAUUUAUCUACCACUUAUAAACCUACACAGAAAUAUUUCUAAAAGUUUAUGAGGAGAGCCUGGGUCAACAUGAGUGACGCUGCUCAUUUGUGUAACAACCUGGUGCUUUCUACUGUAUAUAGGAGUUCAUGACUGUUGCUAUCAUUUAUGAACGUGGGAAUAAGUUGGGUGACACUUUUCAAAGCUAUCAUGUUUCUUCUUCUUAUGUUUACAUUUUUAAAAACGUCUGUUAGCAGGGUUUUUAAUUUGUGGUUAUGUAUUUAUGAUGUUUAUUUAUACCUCGUCUGUGCAAGUGAUGUUUUUCUUUAUAGUGUUAAAGGUAAACAUAUUUAAAAGGGAAAAAAGUAGCAUGUACAAAUGAUGAUACCCAUAUUGACCAAUUAUUUUCAUGUGAUUGUGCUAUUUGUGCACAGUAUUAAUAUAUAAAGUCAACAUUAUAUGUUAGCUCUUAUGUCAUGAUAGACUCCAUGACAGGACGAGACCUCAUACAUGUCUUAAAAAGUACAGUAUAAAUAGAUUUGGGAGUGUGCCAUUCCUUGUUUCGGUUGGUUUGAUGACUACAGCUUUGCGGCUUUGAUUUGAGUUUUGUUCUGUGGCUGCAUUACCAUAACAUAGUGACAAUCGUUCAUAAAUAAAAGGA